AUGCUUUCCAAGACCAUCUUCGCUACUGCCAUCAUGGCCCUGGCCACCUCUGUCGUCGCUGCCCCUACCCCUACUGUCGGUAGCGACCUCGGCAACCUCCUGUCCCCUGGUUCCAGCAACAGCAACCUCGGCAACCUUCUGUCUCCUGGCUCCAGCGACUCUGCCUUGAACGGCAACUCUGCUGAGGGCAACGGAAACGGAAACGAGGCUGGUAACGGCAACUCUGCUGGCAAUGGCAACUCCGCUGGCAACAACAACGGAAACGGCAACUCUGCCGAUGGCAACUCCCUCAUCAACCUUAGUAUGUUUUUUCUCCCUUUCCCUUGUACCCGCAGCAGAUAA